CCUCUCUAUCACCAACGGUUUAGAACGAUCUCGAGAGAUGGGGCGGAGCCGGAAGAAGGGGAGGAGUCACCGCCCGCUUCCGUCCAGCUGCAGCCGGCUUCGGUCAGAGCGCGUGACGCAGCCUCCUCUUCACAGGACCCGGCGGAACAAAAGGUAACAUGGCAUCCAGUUCGGAACCUGCUCUGCCAAGCUAUGAACAAGAAGACAGUCAGACCUCAAAACUGAUCAGAAAAUCCAGGGAGUCGCCCUUUGUCCCAGCUGGCAUUGCAGGUUUUGCAGCCGUGGUGGCCUACGGGCUCUACAAACUGAAGCACAGAGGGAAUACCAAGAUGUCUGUCCACCUGAUUCAUAUGCGUGUGGCAGCUCAGGGCUUUGUUGUGGGCGCCAUGACCUGUGGUGUGCUUUAUUCAAUGUAUCGAGAAUACUGGGCCAAGCCCAAGCCAUAGAGGAGAACCAGUUGAGACCUGUGUGUGCUGGUGUUCUUAUGUAUUCUAGUGAUAGAUUUCUCAUCAAAAUGGUGUCACAAUUAAACACAAGGGUGUGCGUCUGUACCCCAGCCUGGGGUAAAAUCUUUUGCUGCCAGUGUGAACUCUGGAUUGGGUUGUUGAUAAUGCAGAUCACCCUUUUUCUGUCUUGAGUGAAUCCACAAACUGGCAUUUUAACUUUUAUCUCACAUUACUCUCCUCACCCCCAUUAUGCCUUCCUGGCAGUCUAAGGUACUCUCUGGCUCAGAGGUCCAGAAUUAUUUCAUUUUCAGAGGUGCUUCCUUUAGGCUGUGGUUUCAACCAGGCCAAAAAUUAAAAAAAAAAAUACCGUCCAUGGAGGGACAAAUCAGCACUCAUGCCAUACCUGUGCAAGAGAUGCAAUCUGGCACCCACUAACUCAGAAUUCUUCAAACUCCCAUGAACAAAAUAUAUUGUGGAUUAGCCCCUGCAUAAUCACUUUUUUAAUAUAUGCCUUAAAUGAUGAAUUAAAUUAUUUAAAAUCUUAUUUAUUUCACUAUUAAAUCAUAGAAGUUUAACUUCUUUGAAGAAGGCAUUGGAACUUCAUAGAUUAUUUUUGUAAUUGCACCGUUCUUGCUGGUUGUUGUGUUUCUUUGAAAGGGCUUUUUUGUUUGUCUUGGAAGAAGAGGGAGAACCCCUGCACUGGGAAAUGUUUCGAAUAUGGCCAAAAGCAACAUUGUGGUUUUGUUUUUAGAACUGGAUGGAAGCCUUUAGGAUGCUGAAAACUUUGAAGUACAAGAUUUUGCUGGGCAUGGGUCCAUACACUUUGUGUAUGGACCAUAAUAAUCAGCCACAUUAUUUGCCACUUACUAUGGUGGCGGCUUCAUCAUAAUAUCACAAGACUAAGUGAAUGAAAGGCAAACCCUUCCCCUCCUCUGCAGCUCUAACCGGGGUCUGAAGAAGGUGGGGUUCAUCCUGGCUGUACUGAGCAUCGGGAAGACUCAGAAAGCAGCAAGAUUUCCCACUGCUUUACCUGCCCUCCUCCAAUCAGGGAGACGGGGGAUUAUCUUGCUAUAAUAAAUAGUCGUAAUUAAUAAAAUGCUCUUCACAGUAUUCAGCUGAUACUGAGCAUAUCCUCCUACUCAAAUGAUGAGAUAUUUGUGUUUAUUAGUGCAUAAUUGACAAACUAGUAGGGAUGGAACACAUCCAUGGCUACAAAGGAAUUAAAAAUCUGUAAAAUUCUAUUGUCCAAUUGCUCGCAUUCCCCCAUGUUAUCACAGUGCCAAGAGUGAUGCUAAUCAAUGCCAUGUAAAUCUGUAACCUAAUCCUGGUUUUAUUAAAUAUGUGUACAUAAGAACCUUCUA